CUGAAAGUAAGACAGACCAGAAAGCAUUUAUCUGUCCUUCAUGAAGCUGUUCGGUUGUAUUUCUACAAUCUUCGACAGACAGAAACCCGCUGAGGGAUCAGAAACUCUCUGCGACCUGUGAGGAUGCAGUGAACUCUGGUACACAGGAAAAUGUCACUGAACAGCUGAUGGAGUCUGAUCAUCAGUGGAGACUUUGAGGCCUCAGUAUCACUGAAGUUGGGUCUGUGUGCAGAGCAUACAGCAGUAAGGACACAUGGCGAGUACAACACAGUCUGCCAGAGAUUACAUCGAGAGUGCCAGAGUCCACCUUGUGAGAGAAUUAAAGAAUCUCUCAGUGAUUGUGGAGAACUUGUAUCAGCAAAAGGUUUUCAGUGAUGAAGAGGUCAGUAAAAUACAGACAGAGAGAGAUGACUUCGAUAAAACCAGUAAAAUACUGGACUCAGUCACUAAAAAGGGUGAAGCAGCCUGCUACAAGUUCCUCAGGAUUAUUGACAUGACGAGGAAGAGGACCUUAGAGAGGGCAUCCGUUCUCCCUGAGAAACAGAGUGCAGCUUCUACUGAGAACAGGAGGUUUGACCUGCACCACUGGAUCAGCUGCUAUCCUUUCAAAGAAGACACACAAAUGGAUGUAAACUACUUACAAGGCUCAAGGCCGUGCCACCGAUAUCAGGCAAAGUUAAAGUCAAAAGCACAAAAAAUAUCAAAUAAGUUUUGGAUGGCAAACAAAAAUCUGUUUGAAGGAAACAACCCUGAUCUGUCGUACACUGCACUUGUAUUAGACAAACAAGGAGGUGAUUCUCCAUCUAAAAUAAAGAAGUUAAAGAGCAAGAAAAGGAAGCUGAGUCGCCCCAAAAAGAUGAAGACGUACAUCCCUAAAGACAGACCUGGAACUUCCCCCAGUGACCUGCUGAAAACAGAUGAAAACAUACUCUUGGUUGGUAAGCCUGGAAUUGGAAAGACUGCACUGUCUCAUGAACUGUUGAGACUCUGGGCAGAAAGAGACAACGAGGAGCUCGAUUACAUGUUUUACUUUGACAUGAGAGAAACAUCCCACAUUACGAAGGCCAUGAGCUUGGAGGAUCUUCUUUUCAGUGUGUUCAGUGAACCAGAUGAAGGCAGAGAAGAGGUCUUACAGGAUAUAAAGAGGAACUCUGACAAUGUUACAAUCAUUUUUGAUGGAAUCACAGAUCUCUCUUCUUCAGUGGUAAAGAAACUUGUAGAGAAGGACCUACUACCUGAUGCCAAGGUCAUCGUGACUUGCAGACCAGAUAAUGAAGAAGACUUUGGGGACUUUCUCAGAGUGGAAGUAAAAGGCUUUAGUGAGCAGACCACAAAAACAUACUUAUCUGCAAUUCUCGGCGACGCCCAAAAGAAGGUUCUGAGCAACUUGGAGCUGUUGACUCUUUGCCAUGUCCCAAUGUAUGCGCUGAUGGUGGCGGCUUGCUUUUCAUCUGAGACACCAGAAGACUCUUCACAGCCGUGCAGUAUAACUGAGAUCUACAUCAAUAUUGUUCGUUUUUGUCUUCAAAUGAACAGCAACAAAACAAAAAACAUAGAUCUAAAUUCCUUCAUCGAAAACAAGAGUGAGGAAAUACUGUCUUUGGCUGAGGUUGCUUUUCAUGCAACUGAAGGAAAAACUGUGAACUUGACAAAACUGCCCCGUGAAGACAGCUGUGUCCUUUGCUUCCUGAAAUCACUUGUUAUCACUGAGGCAAUAACCACGUAUGCAUUUCUCCAUUACACAAUGCAGGAGUUUUUUGCAGCAAUAUGGCUCUUGAAGAAUCCAGAUAAAAUCAAGGAGGUUUUUCAGCAAUGCCUCACUACGGAGAAGAAACACAUGAAACAUCUGAUCCCUUUCAUGUGUCGAUUGUUGACUGAGAAGAGCCCGAGUUUGAUGAAGUGUCUGAUUUCAGCUCAGGAGCUCAGAAAUACAUCCAACUGGUUCUUCAAAGAAAUGAUAAACAGAUUUUUGCCAUAUCUGUGUGAGACAGAUAAGGCUGAUACUGAAGACAGUGGGCUUGAUGUGGACAUACUGUUCCUAUGUCAGUGUUUGUUUGAGUCCCAGUGUCCUGAAGCGUGCUUCUACUUUCUGGACAAACUGGACUACCGACUUGAUCUCAGUGGAAAGAGUCUCGGUCCUUACCCUUGCUGUGCUGUGGCCUAUGUGGUCACUCAGUCGAAGGAGAAGAAAAUAUAUCUGAACCUCGAGGACGUCAUGGUGUCAGAGCAAGGAAUGAGACGACUAUUUGGAUGUCUUCAAAAUGUCCAGUGGUGUGAUCCUCUGCCACGGCAGCUGUGGGAGGUUUUCCUUCUCAGUGAAGAGCAGAUGGACUACAGGAGAUUACUCGACCUUGAUGGAAAUCAGCUGCACCUUCCAGUUGAGGGUAAACGACGGCUGUUUGAAAGAGCAGUAAAAGUCAUGCAGAAGAGCUCUACUCAGGUUAAUGUCUGCCUCCACUGGGACAGGGCAACUCCUGCCUGCCAAAGUCUGCAUGAAUCCCUCUUAGAGGCUUUACCACACAUCAGCUCACUCAGCUUCAGAAUGACCAACAGAGGUCCAGGAUUACAGGACCAGGAGCAAUGCCAUGGGACACCGGAGAGGGAAGAAAAGCAGCUGUUACUGGAUUUGUGCCUGAAAGCAGCAGCACUAUACAAAAGGGAGAGCUUUCACAAUGUAGUCAGUACGCUCCUUUCGUUGUUUUCUGUUAACACCGACUUAAAUAACAUCCUUCUUGAUUUUUAUCAACAUGUCAAGAGUAAAGGGUGUUCAAGUGUUAUUCCAAAACUGAGGUCACUUUUCCAGUCACCUCCCUCAGUCUGGUCCAUAAACCUCUCAGAGAGAAAGACCUCCAUCCUCCUGGAAGUGCUGAAACUCCAAUCAGAGAAGAAACAAGUGAAGCUGACAGGCUGCUCACAUGAAGAGAGUGAAGUGAGGAGUUUCCUACAGUGUCUGCCUUAUAUCUCACAGCUCAGUUUCGUGCCUCAGUCAUCAGAACCUUCAGAGGAAACCAAGUUCUUUGGGAAUCUGUUGUGUGCAGCAGCAGAGAGAGAACAGCAGACAGGAGAGAAGAUACUGGAGCUGUUAUCAUCAGUGUGCAGAUAUAAAACAUUCCCUCUUAGAGAGCAAUGGUGUGAUUUCCUGCUGGACCUUUACUCUUAUGGGUCUAAAACAGGCUUGAGUGUCCUUCCAUCAUUACAGUCAGUUCCUGAAGUCUGGUCCAUAAACCUCUCAGAGAGAAAGACCUCCAUCCUCCUGGAAGUGCUGAAACUCCAAUCAGAGAAGAAACAAGUGGAGCUGACAGGCUGCUCACAUGAAGAGAGUGAAGUGAGGAGUUUCCUACAGUGUCUGCCUUAUAUCUCACAGCUCAGUGUCUCUCAGCGAUUAAGUGUGUCCAUUCAAACCAAGUUCUUUGGGAAUCUGUUCUGUGCAGCAGCAGAGAGAGAACAGCAGACAGGAAAGAAGAUACUGGAGCUGUUAUCAUCAGUGUGCAGCUAUGAAACAUUCCCUUACAUGGAUGAUCAUGAUGAUGACGGUGGUGGUGAUGAUGAUGAUGAUGAUGAUGAUGAUCAUGAUGAUGAUGAGAGGGAAUAUCGGUGUGAUUUCCUGCUGGAUCUGUACUCCCACCUGAAGGACUAUGAGACUAAAACAGGCUUGAGUGUCCUUCCAUCAUUACAGUCAGUUCUCCAGUCAGCUCCUGCAGUCUGGUCCAUAAACCUCUCAAAGAGAAAGACCUCCAUCCUCCUGGAAGUGCUGAAACUCCAAUCAGAGAAGAAACAAGUGAAGCUGACAGGCUGGUCAUAUGAAGAGAGUGAAAUGAGGAGUUUCCUACAGUGUCUGCCUUAUAUCUCACAGCUCAGUUUCCCUGACAGGUUUAAAGUGUCGUGUAAAGCCGAGUUCUUGUGGAAUCUGUUCUGUGCAGCAGCAGAGAGAGAACAGCAGACAGGAGAGAAGAUGGAUCUGUCAUCAUCAGUGUGCAGAUAUGAAGCAAUCCAUUUUAAUUAUAGAUACAUAUAUGGUGAUGAUGAUAAGGAAUAUCAUUGUGAUUUCCUGUUGGAUCUUUGCUCCCAUGUGAAGGACUAUGAGACUAAAACAGGGUUGAGUGUCCUUCCAUCAUUACAGUCAGUUCUCCAGUCAGCUCCUGCAGUCUGGUCCAUAAACCUCUCAGAGAGAAAGACCUCCAUCCUCCUGGAAGUGCUGAAACUCCAAUCAGAGAAGAAACAAGUGAAGCUGACAGACUGCUCACAUGAAGAGAGUGAAGUGAGGGGUUUCCUACAGUGUCUGCCUUAUAUCUCACAGCUCAGUUUUGUCGUCAUUAGGUCAUAUCGUUAUGAAGAAACCAAGUUCUUUGGGAAUCUGUUCUGUGCAGCAGCAGAGAGAGAGCAGCAGACAGGAGAGAAGAUUCUGGAGCUGUUAUCAUCAGUGUGCAGAUAUGAAACAUUCCUUGUUGAUUACAGAUACAUGUAUGGUGGUGCUGGUAAGGAAUAUCGGUGUGAUUUCCUGCUGGAUCUGUACUCCCACCUGAAAGACUAUGAGACUAAAACAGGCUUGAGUGUCCUUCCAUCAUUACAGUCAGUUCUCCAGUCAGCUCCUGCAGUCUGGUCCAUAAACCUCUCAGAGAGAAAGACCUCCAUCCUCCUGGAAGUGCUGAAACUCCAAUCAGAGAAGAAACAAGUGAAGCUGACAGGCUGCUCACAUGAAGAGAGUGAAGUGAGGAGUUUCCUACAGUGUCUGCCUUAUAUCUCACAGCUCAGUUUUGUCCGGCAGUGGUCAGAUCCUAACGAAGAAACCAAGUUCUUGGCGAAUCUGUUCUGUGCAGCAGCAGAGAGAGAACAGCAGACAGGAGAGAAUAUACUGGAGCUGUUAUCAUCAGUGUGCAGAUAUAAAACAUGCACUUUUAAAUACAUGGAUGGUUAUGAGCAGUAUCAGUGUGAUUUCCUGUUGGAUCUUUGCUCCCAUGUGAAAGACUAUGAGACUAAAACAGGGUUGAGUGUCCUUCCAUCAUUACAGUCAGUUCUCCAGUCAGUUUCUGCAGUCUGGUCCAUAAACCUCUCAGAGAGAAAGACCUCCAUCCUCCUGGAAGUGCUGAAACUCCAAUCAGAGAAGAAACAAGUGAAGCUGACAGGCUGCUCACAUGAAGAGAGUGAAGUGAGGAGUUUCCUACAGUGUCUGCCUUAUAUCUCACAGCUCAGUUUUGUGCCUCAGUCAUCAGAACCUUCAGAAGAAACCAAGUUCUUUGGGAAUCUGUUGUGUGCAGCAGCAGAGAGAGAUCAGCAGACAGGAGAGAAGAUACUGGAGCUGUUAUCAUCAAUGUGCAGAUAUAAAACAUUCCCUCUUAAAGAGAAAUGGUGUGAUUUCAAGCUGGACCUUUACUCUUAUUAUUGUGAAACAGGCUUGAGUGUCCUUCCAUCAUUACAGUCAGUUCUCCAGUCAGCUCCUGCAGUCUGGUCCAUAAACCUCUCAGAGAGAAAGACCUCCAUCCUCCUGGAAGUGCUGAAACUCCAAUCAGAGAAGAAACAAGUGAAGCUGACAGGCUGCUCACAUGAAGAGAGUGAAGUGAGGAGUUUCCUACAGUGUCUGCCUUAUAUCUCACAUCUCAGUUUUGUUCCUCAGUCGUCAGAUCGUUAUGAAGAAACCAAGUUCUUUGGGAAUCUGUUCUGUGCAGCGGCAGAGAGAGAACAGCAGACAGGAGAGAAGAUACUGGAGCUGUUAUCAUCAGUGUGCAGAUAUAAAACAUUCCCUCUUAAAGAGAAAUGGUGUGAUUUCCUGCUGGACCUUUACUCUUAUGGUUGUGAAACAGGCUUGAGUGUCCUUCCAUCAUCACAGUCAGUUCUCCAGUCAGUUCCUGCAGUCUGGUCCAUAAACCUCUCAGAGAGAAAGACCUCCAUCCUCCUGGAAGUGCUGAAACUCCAAUCAGAGAAGAAACACGUGAAGCUGACAGGCUGCUCACAUGAAGAGAGUGAAGUGAGGAGUUUCCUACAGUGUCUGCCUUAUAUCUCACAGCUCAGUGUCUCUCAGAGGUUUGAAGGUGAAGCCAAGUUCUUUGGGAAUCUGUUCUGUGCAGCAGCAGAGAGAGAACAGCAGAAGGGAGAGAAGAUACUGAAGCUGUUAUCAUCAGUGUGCAGAUAUGAAACAUUCCCUUUUAAUGACAUGGAUGAAUAUGAUGAUGAUAAUGAGAGGGAAUAUCGGUGUGAUUUCCUGCUGGAUCUUUACUCCCACCUGAAGGACUAUGAGACUAAAACCGGCUUGAGUGUCCUUCCAUCAUUACAGUCAGUUCUCCAGUCAGCUCCUGCAGUCUGGUUCAUAAACCUCUCAGAGAGAAAGACCUCCAUCCUCCUGGAAGUGCUGAAACUCCAAUCAGAGAAGAAACAAGUGAAGCUGACAGGCCGCUCACAUGAAGAGAGUGAAGUGAGGAGUUAUCUACAGUGUCUGCCUUAUAUCUCACAGCUCAGUUUUGUUCCUCAGUCGUCAGAUCGUUAUGAAGAAACCAAGUUCUUUGGGAAUCUGUUCUGUGCAGCAGCAGAGAGAGAACAGCAGACAGGAGAGAAGAUACUGGAGCUGUUAUCAUCAGUGUGCAGAUAUAAAACAUUCCCUCUUAGAGAGAAAUGGUGGGAUUUCCAGCUGGACCUUUACUCUUAUGGUUGUGAAACAGGCUUGAGUGUCCUUCCAUUAUUACAGUCAGUUCUCCAGUCAGCUCCUGCAGUCUGGUCCAUAAACCUCUCAGAGAGAAAGCCCUCCAUCCUCCUGGAAGUGCUGAAACUCCAAUCAGAGAAGAAACAAGUGAAGCUGACAGGCUGCUCACAUGAAGAGAAUGAAGUGAGGGGUUUCCUACAGUGUCUGCCUUAUAUCUCACAGCUCAGUGUCUCUCAAAGGUUUGAAGGUAAAACCAAGUUCUUUGGGAAUCUGUUCUGUGCAGCAGCAGAUAGAGAACAGCAGACAGGAGAGAAGAUACUGGAGCUGUUAUCAUCAGUGUGCAGAUAUGAAACAUUCCCUCUUAAUGACAGAUACAUGUAUUAUGAUGCCAAGAAAUCUCAGUGUGAUUUCCUGUUGGAUCUGCACUCUCACCUGAAGGACUAUGAAACUAAAACAGGGUUGAGAGUCCUUCCAUCAUUACAGUCAGUUUUCCAGUCAGCUCCUGCAGUCUGGUUCAUAAACCUCUCAGAGAGAAAGACCUCCAUCCUCCUGGAAGUGCUGAAACUCCAAUCAGAGAAGAAACAAGUGAAGCUGACAGGCUGCUCACAUGAAGAGAGUGAAGUGAGGAGUUUCCUACAGUGUCUGCCUUAUAUCUCACAGCUCAGUUUUGUUCCUCAGUCGUCAGAUCGUUAUGAAGAAACCAAGUUCUUUGGUAAUCUGUUCUGUGCAGCAGCAGAGAGAGAACAGCAGACAGGAGAGAAGAUACUGGAGCUGUUAUCAUCAGUGUGCAGAUAUAAAAAAUUCCCUCUUAGAGAGAAAUGGUGUGAUUUCCAGCUGGACCUUUACUCUUAUUGGUCUAUAACAGGCUUGAGUGUCCUUCCAUCAUUACAGUCAGUUCUCCAGUCAGCUCCUGCAGUCUGGUCCAUAAACCUCUCAGAGAGAAAGACCUCCAUCCUCCUGGAAGUGCUGAAACUCCAAUCAGAGAAGAAACAAGUGAAGCUGACAGACUGCUCACAUGAAGAGAGUGAAGUGAGGAGUUUCCUACAGUGUCUGCCUUAUAUCUCACAGCUCAGUUUUGUUCCUCAGUCAUCAGAUCGUUAUGAAGAAACCAAGUUCUUUGGGAAUCUGUUGUGUGCAGCGGCAGAGAGAGAACAGCAGACAGGAGAGAAGAUACUGGAGCUGUUAUCAUCAGUGUGCAGCUAUAAAACAUUCCCUCUUAAAGAGAAAUGGUGUGAUUUCCUGCUGGACCUUUACUCUUAUGGUUGUGAAACAGGCUUGAGUGUCCUUCCAUCAUUACAGUCAGUUCUCCAGUCAGUUCCUGCAGUCUGGUCCAUAAACCUCUCAGAGAGAAAGCCCUCCAUCCUCCUGGAAGUGCUGAAACUCCAAUCAAAGAAGAAACAAGUGGAGCUGACAGGCUGCUCACAUGAAGAGAGUGAAGUGAGGAGUUUCCUACAGUGUCUGCCUUAUAUCUCACAGCUCAGUUUUGUUCCUCAGUCGUCAGAUCGUUAUGAAGAAACCAAGUUCUUUGGGAAUCUGUUCUGUGCAGCGGCAGAGAGAGAACAGCAGACAGGAGAGAAGAUACUUGAGCUGUUAUCAUCAGUGUGCAGAUAUAAAACAUUCCCUCUUAGAGAGAAAUGGUGUGAUUUCCUGCUGGACCUUUACUCUUAUGGUUGUGAAACAGGCUUGAGUGUCCUUCCAUCAUCACAGUCAGUUCUCCAGUCAGCUCCUGCAGUCUGGUUCAUAAACCUCUCAGAGAGAAAUACCUCCAUCCUCCUGGAAGUGCUGAAACUCCAAUCAGAGAAGAAACAAGUGAAGCUGACAGGCUGCUCACAUGAAGAGAGUGAAGUGAGGAGUUUCCUACAGUGUCUGCCUUAUAUCUCACAUCUCAGCUGUGAUCCAGAGUUCUUCCAGAGUGUGUGUACGUUGAUCUCUGUAAGAUCCAGAGAGGAUGAGGAGCAGUUGUCCUCUCUGCUGCAGCUCCUGGGGUUCACCCUGCAGUUAACAGGAGAGUUACACACAGGAACCUGCAGGUCUGUGGGCAGAGUUCUCAGACUCUGUGGAUCUGAUGUGGAUCUCAUCCUCAAACCCAGAAAGAUGUCUGUCAGAGGAGCCUCCCUCCUCUUCAGACAUACAACACAACUACACAGUCUGAGCCUCUCCAGUGACAUGGCCUUGCUACUGUUUCAGUGGGUAAGAAGAGGGCGAGCAGCAGGUCUGUUAGCUAUUGAAGAGCUUUCUCUCACCCCUCAGACAGUCCCACCAUCAGAAAGAGUAUUGUUGAAGGUUGUCAGUAGUUUGGCCUCCCUGCUGAGAUACUGGAGCGUCAGACAGUUAGACCUGACUGAGUUCUACGUCCCUGCUCAGGGUCUCAUUCCACUGCUGCUCCACCAUGGUCCUCUAACAAUCAAACUGAGUGAGAAGAUUUCCCUGCAGCUUCUCUCCCUGAUCCAUGAAAUCCAGGACAAGGACUUGACCCAGUCGUUCUUGAGUAAGGUUGGUGGAGACCUGAGCUCCUGCUGUCUGAACUGGGAGCUUCUUCACUGUCUGCUGCAGCAGUCUUCAGAUCAGAUCAUCACUGUGAACCUGAGGAAGAACCGCUUCUUACAGGAGAACGUCACACGUCUGCUUCCCUUUCUGGACAGGAUUGUAUUUCAAAGGCCCUGUCCCAGGUUUGUGUUGACUGCCAUCAGAGAGAUCUAUAAAGCUUGUGCCAGUCCCAUUAUACCCAGUUUACUGAGGUCACUGGAUCAUGUGAUCAACCUGACCUGCAGAGAGAUGGACUCGCUGGACUGUGCUGCUCUGCUCUUCACCCUCAAACACAGUGACAGAGUUAAACUGAACCUCGUGUUUACCUCCAUACCAACAGGACAAAUAGAGUCCAUCCUGUUUACACUGGACAAAGUUUCUCAACUCAGUGUUGACAGGAAUCUGCUGCUGAGGUUCAUCCACUGCUGUGCUGCCUCUGAUGCCCAGCAGGGGGCAGCAGUCAGCCUGCUCAGGGCUGUGCAGCACAGGCUGGAUCUGUCCUGCUCCUCCUGUGUGGAUCUGCCAGAGGAGAGUCAGAGUGAAACUCUCAGUCUGACUGCUGAGGACUGCAGGGCCGUCUCCACCAUCCUGAGACGCAGCAGCAGCAAGGACACACAGCUCAACCUGCAGGACUGUGAGCUGGAGGACAGCAGACUGGACCUGCUGUUUCCUGUCCUCGACAGAGUCCGCCUCAGAGCCAGUAAAGCUCUCCUCCUCCAGCUGCUGUCUCUGGUUCCUAUGAACACUGAGAGGGACACAGUGAGACGGGCAGUGUCCCUGUGUAGAGCCCUGGGUGGAGAGCUGGACCUCAGUCACACCACACUGGAUCAGAGGGCCUGUGGAGCUUUGGCCCAGAUGCUGGACUUCUCUGAAGGGCUGACUGAUCUGGACCUCAGUCACUGUGAGCUCACUGACCAGCUGCUGUUCACACUCAUCACACAUCUGCACAAAGUACAAGUCUUAGAUCUGAGUCACAAUAAGAUCACUGAUGCUGCAGCUCACAUGUUACUCCAACUGGUCUCCAUCAACCCCUCCAUCGACACUGUGCGACUCUUCAGCAACAACAUUGUGGACAGAAAUCCGUUUAAGAAACACCAGCAGUUUGAAAUAUGGUGACCCAGUCGUCAGUGUGGAUAGUGCUCACUCCUUAAUGUCCAAUGAAAUAUUACUGUAGUCCGAGUACUGAUACUGUGUUUGUGCUCAAUACUGAUGAUGAUGACCACUUUACAUCUUCUUUAUUUUUAAUAUAAUGAUAAAGUUUGCUGAUAAUUAUCUGGAGAUCAGUACUGAGAUGCUGUAGUUUUUAUUUUUUAUUAUUUAUAUAUUUAUAUUUUCUUAUUGAGGCAAAAUCAUGAGUAGGCCUAAUUUAUCUCUUUGUAUUUUGGUGUAACUGUCUUUAGCCGUAUUAUCAGGGGAGCUCAUGUCAUUUGUAAUCAUUACGAAGGUCGUCUGUGAUCUGAAUCCCGUGUGAAUCUGCCAUGUCUGUAAUUUGUAAUGUAAAAACUUGGGGUUGUAGGUUUUUAUUUUCGCUAGUAUCAAACUGAUACCUUAAUGUAAUAUGGUACGAAAAGGGCCUUUGUGUGCAUUCUGUGAUUACUGUAAUCUGGGAUUAUGUUUACUUCAAUGCAGAGAAGAACGACUGUAAUAAUAUCUCAGAGUAACGGUACAAUAAAGGUGCUUUCAGGUGACAAUCAUGUUCAAUACAUUGAGAUAAUAAUAAAUUAUCUGAAAAAAAAAUCUGAAUCUGAAAGAGACAAAUGCCUGUAGCCACAUUAUUUCUGUUUAAAAAUGUUAUAAAUGAUCAACUUUUAUUCUGGGAAACAGUUAUUUAAUGAAUGAGUUGGAGUGAGUCAAUAAAACUCAACAAGAAUAUAAA